AUGCGGCACAUAUUCUCUCUCCUCUUUAUUGUGUGUCUGACGGUGAAACAUGGUGCCUGCUUAACACUGCAUCAGAGGGAUAUUCCUGCUGUGGUCUCACUGGAUAUCAAGCGUAGCAUUAUUUCAGACCCUGUGGCGAGGGACCGAGUUCGGCGGAAAAGAGACAAGACAAUCGGCCAAACGCUCGAUAACGAGGAAACUCUGUACUUUUGCAACGUGACUCUCGGCACCCCUGAGCAGGCCUUGCGCCUUGUUCUCGACACUGGGAGUAGCGAUUUAUGGUGCAACGCGGCUAAUUCAACACUGUGCUCGGCUUCGAGCGAUUCCUGCAACAUAUCCGGUUCUUACGACCCUUCUUUCUCAUCAACAUAUGCCUAUGUUUCAUCUGAUUUCAAUAUAUCAUACGCUGAUGGGACCGGCGCCGUGGGCGACUAUGCAACUGAUAUACUCCAUAUUGGAGGGUCAACACUAAAGAACCUGCAAUUUGGAAUAGGGUACUCGUCUAGUUCUUCAGAAGGCGUGCUAGGAAUUGGCUACCCAUCGAAUGAAGUUCAGGUGGGUCGGUACGGCAAAGACGCUUACUCGAACCUUCCGCGAGCAAUGGUCGACCAGGGAUUGAUCAGAUCCAACGCCUACAGCCUUUGGUUAAAUGAUCUUGAAUCGAACACGGGAUCAAUAUUAUUUGGGGGUGUCAAUACAGAAAAGUAUCUCGGAGAGCUGCAGACCUUGCCCAUACAAAAAGUCAACGGACGGUACUCGGAGUUUGUGAUCGCACUGACUGGAGUUGCGUUCGACUCGGAGUCGCAUCAUAAAACUUACUCAUCAGAUGCCUUGCCGGCGGCGGUACUGCUCGACUCCGGCAGCUCUUUGACCUAUCUUCCUGACUCCAUCGUCGAGAACAUAUAUCGUGACCUCAACGUCGCAUAUGAACCUUCAAGCGGGGUCGGUUACCUGCCAUGCAAUUUGGCGGAAAACAACAUGAAUAUAACAUAUACUUUUUCAUCUCCGAAUAUCACGGUUAUGAUUGAUGAACUUCUCCUGGACGCGGGCGACCUUCGUUUCCGGGAUGGUGCACGUGCAUGUAUCUUUGGAAUUGUCCCCGCCGGAGACAGUACUGCGGUUCUGGGUGACACAUUCUUGCGCAGUGCAUAUGUCGUAUAUGACAUAGCCAACAACGAGAUAUCUAUCGCCAACACAAACUUUAACUCGACAAAGGACAACAUACUGGAAAUUGGCGUUGGAACUGAUUCUGUUCCAAGUGCCACCCAGGUUUCUCAUCCGGUUACAUCGGUUGUAGCUGAUGGCUCCGGGGCAAGAAUUGGGGCGCCCACAGGUGCAUCUUCAACGACAGUGCCGUCAGUAAGCUCAGCGGGCUCUUUAUCAGCAGGGAUUGUAAGAGCCCAGAAGCAGUACCUGGCCAUGGUUCUGACAGCUGUUUGGUUUGUGCUGAAUUUGUGGUAA